AUGUCAGCAAUUGGCUCUCUCAUUUUCUGCACCGACUGCGGUAACCUGUUGCGAGAGAGUACUGGAUCUCCAGAUGCUAUUCUGGAAUGUGGUGCCUGUGGUGCAAAAAACAAAGAUAUUCCUCCUCAGACCAUCAUCUCCGAGUCCAAACCAAAUGCCUUCCCUUCCACUCUACGAGCGAAAAGGUCUGCUUUACAGACAUUGACUGCCGCAGACCGAACAAUGGAAGCUGUCACCCAACACACAUGUGCCGAGUGUGGCCGAAAAGAAAUGUUCUUCACUACUGCGCAACUGCGUAGUGCUGAUGAGGGUACAACAGUUUUCUACAGAUGUGUUUGUGGUUACAAGGAAACCUUUAACAAUUAA